AUGAACACAAGCGCAAGAGAUAAGUUAAGUUCAUCAUCCAGAACGAGGUCACAGCUGGAUUUGAAGGUCAAAUACAAUUACGGCGAUAAACCAAUAAUGUCAGCAGCCAUAUUCACAUCGUCAACGUCAACAGUUGCCACAGAACAACCCCUAAUGUCAUUUGUUUUGGAAAAUUUCGCAAAAACCUUAAAAGAGAAGCGAGCGCCAACAGCAUUCACUCGCGAUCAACUAACGAUACUGGAGCAAGAAUUUCACGCCAAUAGCUUUUUAACGCGUGAACGUGCCGCAGCAAUCGCUGUGCGUUUAAAUGUGUUAGAAAUGCGAAUUUCGGACUGGUUUGAGAAACGAAGAGAAAUAGCUGAAAAUAUUCGAGCUGAAAGGAGUCGCUUCAAACAAAAUAAAAAUAAAGUUUCGGAGGAAGCUGAAAGUGAUGAGUGGAAACAAUCUGGAGAGUCAAGAAACCACUUUUGA